AUGGCGUCGGAGAUCGAGGUGGUGGAAGAGGUGGAAUCGAGAGAUCGGGAGUCUUCUACUGCGGCGACUGGCGGUGGAGCAGUGGAGGAAGAUAGUUUGAGGAACGAUGUGUACACGGCGGCGGCGUACGGGGAUAUGGAAAAGCUGCAGAGAUUGGUGGAGAGGGAGGGUGCCUCGGUGUCCGAGCCUGAUGGGCUUGGUUAUUAUGCUCUCCAGUGGGCUGCUCUCAACAACCGCACUGCUGCUGCUCAGUACGUCAUCGAGCAUGGGGGAGAUGUGAAUGCUGCUGAUCAUACCGGGCAAACAGCAUUACAUUGGAGUGCAGUGCGGGGUGCAAUCCAGGUUGCAGAGCUUUUGCUCCGAGAGGGUGCUCGGGUGAAUGCUGCGGACAUAUAUGGGUAUCAGGUACCCCUAACUUUUAAUGCUUCUUUUCAGCAGAAAAAAGGACAGUUAAUGGUGUCUUUCUACGCAACACAUGUUGCAGCGCAAUAUGGUCAGACAUCUUUCCUUUACCACGUUGUUACAAAAUGGAACGGUGACCCUGAUGUUCCUGAUAAUGAUGGAAGAAGUCCUUUACACUGGGCUGCAUAUAAGGGUUUCGCCGAUAGUAUACGCCUUCUUCUGUUUUUGGACGCAUAUAGGGGGCGCCAGGACAAAGAGGGUUGUACCCCUCUCCAUUGGGCUGCUAUUCGGGGGAACUUAGAAGCAUGCACAGUGUUGGUGCAGGCUGGGAAGAAAGAAGAUCUGAUGGUGACUGACAACACUGGCCUUACACCAGCACAGCUUGCUUCGGAUAAAAAUCACAGACAAGUUGCUUUUUUCCUUGGAAAUGCACGGAGGUUGCUUGACAAACGUUGUGAUGGGAACAGUCGCCUUGGGCAACUUUCAAAAUUAGGACUUGCACCAAUACUUUGGUUUAUAAUUUUUCUGCUACUUGUGACAUACAUUCAUUCAGUCAUCAUGGCUCCGAAUCUGCCAAAGUUAACUGCUGGCUUUGGCCUUUUUGCAUGGUUGGGUGUUCUCCUAGCAACUUCUGGAUUGGCUAUGUUUUAUAGGUGUAGCUGCAAAGAUCCAGGUUACAUCAGAAUGAAUGUGCAUGAUCCACAAAAUAUGAAAGAUGAUGAACCUUUGUUGAAGAUUGAGAUAAAUAAUCCUGCCUUGCUUGCUGGUAAUUGGUCUCAGCUCUGCGCGACAUGCAAGAAGAACAAAUGGGAUUUCUUUUUGUUUCUUGUUCUAGAAGUUUUUGCAAUGAUAGUAACUGGUGCAGUGGCUCUUACAAGAGUUUUGACUGAUCCAAUGGCUCCUUCAUCUUUUGGAGCAUGGUUGAACCAUGCUGGUAGUCAGCAUCUUGGUGCUAUAUCAUUUGUCAUUUCUGAUUUUUUCCUCUUCUCUGGUGUGGCCGUCUUAACUGUUGUACAAGCUUCUCAG